UUGAUUAGAAACGAAAACACAUUCGGCGGUGAUACAGUGGUUUUUGUGUGUUCGGUCGUGUUUUAUUUUCAUUUAACCCGAUAAUAAUGUAACGCUUGUGUCUAUGUGAUAUCCGAACAAACAUUCAAAAUGUUAACGAACUCCGAAUUAUUCAAUUAACAAACAGUAGAUAGCGUAAAACAAUCCAAAUUCAAAUAAAAAUUCAAAACAUUCAUCUCCCCCGAAAUCAAAAGAUUUGACGUGUGGCAAAUGUGUGGGAAAAUAUAAAAUAUAAACAGGUGCUGUGUGUACAGUCUUUACAUUUUGUUUUUAUUCUCCCUCUCUCGCACUGGAGAAACUGAUUCACGAGCUUCACGAGAGACAUUUUUCACACAGACGCCAAACAGUAUGCGCAGAAAGACAGAAUAGAUCGGUCGGUGGAAGUUGUUUUUAUUGUUUGUGCCGUUGUGUUUAAUCGGAAAAAAUCCGUCUUAUUUACAUCUAAGAAGUGUACACGGUCUUAGUGUUUUGAAGUCCGCUUGCGAAUAAUCGGCCUACGUAAUCGGUUUACUAAUUAAAUGCAAAGAAAGUGCACAACUGUGUCCACAGCUACAUCACAGUGGUUAUUAUAUUGUUAAUAUUGACAGCAGCUGCCAAAUGGAGCUGCCUAAAAGUGUGGUUAUGUUUUGCGACUAUUUUUGAAUGUUUUUGUUUGAAAUCAACGGAUUUUUAUUGUCCUGCAAAACGCAAUGAAAUGAAAAAAUUACCGAAACUAGUGCGCCUCGUCUACGCCUUGUGAUUGUUUCGUCCAAUUAAUAAUACUAACAGAACGACACACAACUAUCAACAAUGCCACAUCAGUUCGGAUUGCCCGGUUUUGCUGCAUCCAGUCCGAGUCCACCGUCACAUCAUGCCCGGAUCGGCGGCGCUGUUGUGCCACAGAGUGGCCCGCCGGCUGUAUUUCGUCCUCAGAUCGAAGAUAAGAGAUUAACCAGGGAUGCGAUGGAACGCUACAUGCGAGAACGGAAUGACAUGGUGAUCGUCAUUCUACAUGCAAAGGUUGCCCAAAAGUCAUAUGGAAAUGAAAAACGUUUCUUCUGUCCGCCGCCGUGUAUAUACCUGUUCGGUAGUGGCUGGCGACAUCGCCAAGAGGAAAUGUUACGUAAAGGUGAAUCGGAACAGGGGGCUCAAUUAUGUGCGUUCAUUGGAAUCGGAAAUUCAGAUCAGGAUAUGCAGCAAUUGGACCUGAACAACGGCAAACAGUAUUGUGCUGCCAAAACUUUGUACAUUUCCGAUUCCGAUAAGCGAAAACAUUUUAUGCUAUCGGUGAAAAUGUUUUACGGUAACGGCCAUGACAUUGGCCUGUUCAACUCGAAAAGGAUCAAAGUGAUAUCGAAACCAUCGAAAAAGAAACAGUCACUGAAAAAUGCUGAUCUGUGCAUUGCCAGCGGAACAAACGUAGCUUUAUUCAAUAGAUUAAGAUCACAGACCGUGUCGACCAGAUAUUUACAUGUUGAUAAUGGACACUUUCACGCCAGCUCCACACAAUGGGGUGCAUUCAAAAUUCAUUUGCUCGACGACAACGAAUCGGAAUCGGAAGAGUUUCAAGUGAAGGAUGGCUACGUGCAUUAUGGAGCAACAGUAAAACUAGUCUGUUCGGUUACUGGCAUGGCUUUACCUCGUUUAGUUAUAAGAAAGGUGGACAAACAAAUGGCACUGCUUGAAGCCGAUGAUCCUGUGUCACAAUUGCACAAGUGCGCAUUCUACAUGAAAGAUACCGAACGAAUGUAUUUGUGUCUGUCACAAGAGAAAAUCAUCCAAUUCCAAGCAACACCGUGCCCCAAAGAACCGAACAAAGAAAUGAUCAAUGACGGAGCUUGUUGGACUAUAAUCAGUACGGACAAAGCUGAAUAUCAGUUCUACGAAGGAAUGGGUCCUGUGAGAUCUCCCGUAACACCAGUGCCAAUAGUAAAUUCGUUAAAUUUGAAUGGUGGCGGUGAUGUGGCUAUGCUGGAAUUAGCUGGUGAUAAUUUCACGCCACAACUGCAAGUGUGGUUCGGCGACGUUGAAGCUGAAACAAUGUAUCGCUGUGCAGAGACACUACUCUGUGUCGUUCCAGACAUAUCUGAAUUCCGUGGAGAAUGGCUAUGGGUUCGCCAACCGACACAAGUGCCUAUAUCAUUAGUUCGUAAUGAUGGUAUUAUCUACGCAACUGGACUGACAUUUACAUAUACACCGGAACCGGGUCCUCGGCAGCCAUGUCCAGCCGCCCAAGAAGUGAUGCGUGGACGGAUUAACAACAACAACAAUACCAGCAACAAUGCCAACGUCAGUCAAAGUUCGCUGCCAUCUAUAUCGGAUGUACCUUGGAAUUCGCAUGGAUUGUCAUGAGAAUACAACGAUUGAUUGCACACAAUGUGAAAUUUAGAUGGGUCCAGUUGUGGUGCUGUUUAUGGAAAAGGUCAGAGAGAUUUUCAGUUGUUUUAUAGAACAAAUCGCAAUUCGUGUCACAAAAUUUAGUUUGUAGCGUGAACAACAUAACAAGUUCAGUUUCCAGUCGUUUUAUCUUUCGCGUGCCAGUAUUUGUCAGAAAUUCUUCAUAUAUCAUCCUAAACAUAGCCGGAGUAACUCUCCGCCGUCUGAAAAUGAUCCAGACCGUUAUGCGAAGUGUUUCCACCCUAUUCUGACUCCUUUACCGAUGGUGUGGGUGACCCGUUUGUGAACAAUUUGUCUACUCGGCUUGCUAGUAUCAUCGGCUGGCAAGAAAAUUAUUAACCUGCAGAAGGUUAUACAUAUCUGUUUCAUCAACGAAAUGAAGUUGAACUUUCGUAAUCAUUUUGAUCAUCAAAUGUGUUACCAUAUGCGGGAGUACUGCAGGAAGCUACUUCACAAAGCGAAACCUCACUAAAAAUUUGAAUGAAGUAUGUGGCAAAGCUUAAUAGCCAUAAUUUCACAUUAUUUUACAUUAACCUGUUACAGAUGGUCAAAUUUAUUGUUAUCGGGUCUAUUACUUCCAU